GCAAGGGGUGUAAGUUUGUGGGCUAAAGCUCUAUGAACCGGUGGUUGAACCGGCCUUUUGAACAAAUGUGGAACGUCUCCGAUCUCCCCUCGCGCAAAAGCCAAACGCCGCGAACUCAAAACUGGUCUCUCAAAUUCGAGCUUGAUGAAUAACUGAGCUAUAUUUUGUUGAUCUGUCGCAAAAUCCAUAUCGGAGAGGAGCUUCAUCUCUACGAUUGGACGCUCUCUCUCGCUUUUCGAAUUACGAAGAAUUACAUAAUUGACAAAAUGAAGAGGCCAAUGCCGUGGAAUGAACAAGUAGAUGUUAUAUCAUCAGGUGAAUCUUCUUCCUCUGAUUCAGAAACAGGAGUACAAAAUGAUGGAUUCGAGUUCAAGCCUUCCAUCGACGAUUUCAAAAUUCCUGCUAAAGAAAUGACAGCUGAAGGUACGUUGAUUAAAAGGGCCGAAAUGUAUCAAGAAUACAUGAAACAGAUCCAGAUCCCAGCACAACGUGGUUCUGUAAUACCAUUUACAACAUGGAUGGGUUUAGGCAAAUCUAUAAAGCAGCUUUAUGGUCAGCCUUUGCAUUACUUGACUAACAUUCUACUCAAACAGUGGGAUCAAUUAAGGUUCGGUAGUGUGGAUGAAUAUAAGCCAUUGGAUACCGUAAUUCAUCCUAGUAAAGCUGAAGCAACUGUAUGGCUGGUUGAAGAGAUUCAUAGGCGCACCUCGUCGCAUCAUCAUGUUGCUAAACUGUGGUUAUCAGACCCGAUGCACGAAGCUUACGUUGACUCCAUUUUCCCCCAACUUUGAAAGCUGCUUUCUGUUACGUUCGGGUCUGUGUCGAUACUAAAACAUAUUUCUAGAAGGCUAACAUGUUGAUGACAAUGUGAAUUGUAAUAGAAACAGCAUAGUUCUUCAGUCACAUUGCACUUUAAUGUGUAGGUUUUUUUAUAUAAUCCCAUUGGGUUUCGUUGUAUGCUCUUUGUAAUAUUAUAGAGCUUCUUCAAACUUACAUCCACGGCUUACAUGCAACCAUAAUGAACAAUCUUUGGGGAGAUUCCUAGUUGAUUCA